AUGCGAUCUUCUUUCAAUCGGUUGUUUUCAAGUAAUAGCAGUUCGUCCUCUUCAUCAGCCGCCACAGCAGCAGCCCUGAACAACAACAUCAAUUCUACAACUUCUCCAAAUCAUCAUCACUCACAACAACAGGGAGGAGAGGUUGCUAUCCAUCAUCAUCAUCACGAUACCAAUGGAGCCAUCAACUCCUCCUCAUCUCGGGUGCCAAAAACUGGGAUUCAUGUCGUUCCGCCACAACAACAUCAUCAAAACGAUUCAGACCGAUCAUCUCCCACAACAAUUAUCGGAGAUGUUGCUAAACCAAUUUCUCAAACACAAGCAAAACAAUUUUUUAAAUAUAUGAAAAAGUUAAAAAUAGACGGUGUGGAGCAACUGCUGAAAGAGAAUAUCAAUUAUCUCAUGGUCCGAGAUGUUGAUGGAAGUACACCACUGAUUAAAGCUGCUUCGAAAAACAUGCUCAGUUUCGUUGAGUUGUUUUGUAGGAUGAAUAGAGACAACAAAGUAGGAUUUUCUUGUUUAGACUUGACCAACAAAGAAAGAUAUACUGCCAUCAACAUUGCUGUAAAAAAACAUAAUACUAACAUUGUCAGCUUGUUGUUACAAUAUGGUGUAAAUAUUUCAGACACUCCUAACAAAGAUGGAAAUUUACCCAUUCACAGCGCUAGUAGACGUGGAUUUACUGAAAUAAUUUCUAUACUUGUAAAACAUGAUCCUAAUCAAUUGAAUAUCACCAAUCCUUGUAAUCAAAGAACUCCAUUAUUCAUGGCAGCUCAACAUGGGCAUUUAGAAACAGUUGAAUGGUUCCUAAACCAGCCUGGAAUAGAUCUCGCGAUGAAAAGUAAAGACAACAAGAGACCAAUUCACUCAGCCGCAUCUCAUGACAAUGUAGAAGUUGUAAAAUUACUGCUAGAAAAGGGUAAAGAAUAUAUCAAUAUCCUGACAAGCUCUGAUAACGAGAAAGAUAAGCGAUACACACCAUUGCAUUAUUGUUGUAAGAAGGCAGCACUAACAACAGCUAAAUAUUUAUUAGAACAAGGAGCAUUAUUGGACAUUUUUAUUAACAAUGCAAAAUUUAACUAUUUUGGAAAAAAGACGCCGCUCUACCUGGCAAUUCAAAGCAAACGAGAAGAAAUUUUAAAGCUUUUUCUUUCAUACUACAAAAUCAUUAUGGAACUUUCCGAGAACCCUAUUAGAGAAGAUGCUCUUUUAAAAUGCAACAUGAGUAAUGUUUUUAAUCUAGAUAUCCAGAAUAUUGUCAGAACAUAUGAUUAUUAUGUUCAACAGGAUGCCAUAAAUGCCAUAAUACCUGAUCCAUCAUCUGACUCUGGUGACAGUGACAUGGAUGACAUGGAGAACAGCAAUGACGCAAACACUGAAAACAAGGCUGUAAAAACAGUACUACGAGCGACAAAGGAAGUCAUUUCGUUAGCUAUUAUGGAAGAAAAUCAAGAAUUGAUUCAUUUAGCUUUUUCUCUAGAACUUUUUGAUUGUGUUAAAAUGUAUUUGGCAAGCUUCCCUCAACUGCUAAACUGUAAAUCAACCUCAAACGGAAAUACACUGAUCAAUAAGGCGGCACACAUUGGUAAUUUGGAAGUGAUGAAAUAUUUAGUGUCUAAAGGAAGUAACAUUUCGAUACCCAAUGAUGUUGGAAAUCGUCCAAUUCACAGAGCUGCCUAUUGUGGUCAUACAGAGCUUGUAAAAUAUCUGGUAGAAGAAUGUGGUGAAUGUGUCGAUGUUUUCCAACACUCCUCUCCAAAAUCAAAGAGACUUGAAAAUUCAUUGCAUUUAGCAGCAAGAAAAGGGUUUUUGGAAUGUGUGAAGGUUUUACUGAUGAAUGGAUCGGAUAUCACUCGAACCACAAAAAGUGAAAGUACAACAGGAAGAAGAGAUGCCAUACAAUUGGCAAAGAGAUACAAUCAAAUAGAAGUCUAUGAAUUUCUCAAAAAAGUUUAUGAAAAGACUGCUCGGUCAUGCUAA